AUUAGUUUGCCGCUCAAUCCUGACCACCCGACCUCUAUUCCUCUUCUUCCUAGGGACUACUGCUGCUGCUAUUACUACUGUUACUGCUGCUACUGCUACCACUCUUAUCACUCAUCUUACUUUUUUCUUCUAUGUAUCCCUUAGAGAAUUCACUUUUAAGAAAGCGCAGUAUGGUGAUAAUAAUAAUGCUAGUGGUUAUAAGAAGGGGCCGCUCGUGCGUUGGGCGGCAUCCCAUUCUGUCACCCACUUGGGAGCCUCAACUUAAGCAAGCUUUAAGGCUCGAUGAGGCCCCUGUGGCUGACCCUUGCCGCUGGGUCGUGGAUUUGUACUCCUUACGGAGUACUCAGUGUUCCACGGGUGGGCAAUGCCCCAGAUUGGCACAUGAGAGACAUUGCCAUGGCACAUUUGCCAUCAGGCUUCCUUGGAGAGAGUAUCCGUGGGGAGCACCUCUCAGGAGCACCCGUAGAUUGCCGUUCAUGCUGUUGUCCUUGUCACCCACGCACCUUCCUAGAGCUUCAGUGAGAAAAGACGCGAAGUCCUUGGCUGACCUUGAGCUAGGCCCGGUAGAUAGGUAAGGUAGGUAGGCAAUGUGAAUAUAUAUAUAUAUGCCUUACUGCGUACCUUAAGGUACUUGGGUAAGAUAUCAAAAUCCACCCAGGGCAAUGUGUGUGAUCCAAGGUGAGGCAGGUAAGCGUGGUAAGGUACCU